AUGGCUGCCCUUAUGAAGGACUCCUCUGUCUCCCCUCAAGCAGUGCCUGCCCCUGACUGCUGCUCCAAGCAGCAGCAGCAGCAACAGCAGCAGCAACAGCAGCAACAGCAACAGCAGCAGCAACAGCAGCAACAGCAACAGCAGCAGCAACAGCAGCAACAGCAGGAGAUUCUGUGUGCUGCUGCUGCUUCUCGUGAUGCCCCUCAAUGGGGCGCUCUGUGGGCAGAGCUGACGUCUCCUUUCAGCAGCAGCAACAAGGAGAGACACGCUUGCUGCUUACGUCUGCUAUGCAGCAGAUACAGCAGCAGCAGCAGCAGCAACAGAGGCAUCCCUUAUGAUCACUGGGGGCCCCUUGCUGGAUUGGCUGAGGUGUAUGUACACCUGGCGUUGCAAGGAGAUGUUAGUAUUAUGCAUGCGCUUGCUGCUCUCUGUAAGCAAGCUGCAUAUACACCCCGUGCUGCUGCUGCUGCAGACCCAUUCCGGUUUGCUGCAGCAGCAGCAAAGUUUGUUGCAGUCAUGUCGAGGGUCUUGUUGCCUGUGCAGCAGACGCAAGCAACAGCAACAUCAGCAGCAGCUUCUGCUGCUGCUGCUGCUGCAGAGGGGGGAGGGACGGCGGGUGAUGGCUCUGUUGCUGCUGCUCUUCUUGAUGAUAUUCCUGCUGCUGCUGCUGCUUCUGCUGCUGCUGCUGCAGCUGAGGCAGCAAAGGUUAGUAGCGAAGCAGCUGCUGACAUCGGUAGCCUUGCUUCCGUGUUCGCUGCAGCAGCAGCAACAAGAGCAGCAGCAGCAACAGCAACCCCAAAUUGGGGUGCAGCAACCAAAGCAGCAUUUGCUGCGCUGCGCCGCUCUGUUGUUGAGUUGCUGCACUCAGCAGCAGCAAAUCUGAUGCAGCCUAUCUUCCACAACAAGCUCCCCAGUGCAGCAGCAACAACAGCAGCAGCAACAGGAUCUGCAGCAGCAGCAGCAGCAGCAGCAACAGCAGCAGCAGCAGGUGGAGAAGCAGAAGCAGCUGCUGCCGCCGCCGCAGCAGCAGCAGCAAAUGAAUUGGCUCCUCCCCCCAGCAGCACAGGUGCUGCUUAUUUAAAAGAAGUAUUAACAAAUGCUGUUGCUGCUUUAACAGAGACAGACAAGGAGACAGCCGAAGAGACAGCAGAAGAGACAGAGAGAGAGACAAAAGAAAAUAGGGCAGCAGCACUCCAGCCAGAAGAAGAGCUGCUGCUGCUGCAGACUUUGCUGCAGUUUGCACAAGAGCCGGAGCUUGCUUCACAUCUUUGCUGCUGCAGCACUUUAAAUUGUCUCCUCGCCAGGUGUAUAGGCAGCUUGGGGGCGCUAAGAGAACAGCACCAACCAGCAGCAGCAGCAGAAUAUGAAAGGACGAAAGGAGACACAGAGACAGAAGCAGCAGCAACAACAACAGCAGCAGCAGCAGCUGUUGCUGCUGCUCUUAGCCCUGCAUGUAUCUCCUGGGGUUGGCAGGAGCUGGUGCUGCAGCUGCUGCUGCUGCUGCUGCAGCAGUGUCCCUCAGGCCCACGCGGGGCUGCUGCAGAGAUGCGUGUGCUGCUGCAGCAGCUGUCUGUGCUGCUGCAGCAGCUGCUGUCUCCUGUCUCCUCAGCAAGAGGAAGAAGCCUACGCAAUGAUCUUAUCUCUUUGCUGCUGCUUAUCUCAGCACACCCGCUGCUGCUGCAGCACUUAACCCCAAGCGGGGCCCUCAGAUUGCUGCUGCGCUUCGCCACAUUCGAUGAGGCCUUAAAGACAACACCUGCUGCUGCUAUUGCUGCUGCUGCUGCUGCUGCUGCUGCUAUACCUGCUGAGGAUCCUACGCAGGAUGCAACUGAGGCUGCUUCUGGGGCUGCUGCUACUCCUGCUGCUGCUCCUGCUGCUGCUGAGGGUCCGGCUGCGGUGCUGAGGGAGCAAGGCCAACAGGCUCUGUGCAGCAGCAGCAGCAGCAGCAACAGCAGCAGCAGCAACAGCAGCAGCAGCAGCAGCAGCAGGUGCGUGCGGGCGAAGGAGUUGGCUACUGCUGAAGACGUGGAGCUGCUGCAGCUGCUCUGGUUGUGUGUUUGCUGCUGCAUGCGAGAUUGCUGCUGCUGUGCUUUGUCUACGCAUUACCCUGUAGCAGCAACACUUGCAGCAAUAGCAGAUGCCAGCGACCCGCGAAGAGACUGUCUCCUUGCUGCUGCUCCUUGGAGAUUCACAGGCAAGCAGCAGCAGCAGCAGCAGCAGCACAAGCAGCAGCACAACAAGCAGCAGCAGCAAAUGAAACAGUGCCAGCUGAAGGAGCUUGCUGCUGCUGCACUCUGCUGCCUAGGAGACCUCACAUUGAGGUGCCCUGCUGCUGCUGUUGCUGCUGGAGGCCCUGCUGCGCUGCUACGGAUUGCUGCAGCAGCUGCUGCGAGAGGAGACAGUGAAACAUGUGCUGCUGCCUUGAGACAGGGAGUGGCUAUGCUAGACGCAGCAGCAGCAGCAGCAGCAACAGCAGCAGCAGCAGAAUGUAGUGUCUGGACAAGUGCUCGCGACGCCUUUCUUCAGGCAGGGGCACUGCAGCAGCUCUUAAGCCUGCAGCAGCAGCUCCUCCAGCAGCAGCAGCAGCAGCAGCAACGCAGGAAGCAGGUGGAGCAGCAGCAGCAGCCGCAGCAACAACGCCGGAAGCAGGUGCAGCAGCAGCAGCAGCAGCAGCAGCAGCAGCAAACGAAUACUGGCGGGCGGGUUAAGGGAGCUCUUUCCAGUGCAUGCAGCAGCACCAGCAACAGCAACAGCAGCAGCAGCAACAGCAACAGCAACAGCAACAGCAGCAACAGCAGCAGCAGCAGCUCGUGCAGCAGCAGCAGCAGCGACGGUAUGUGCUGCACUGAUUCUGGUGUUGGUUGGGGUGUCUGUACAGCUGAAGCAGAUUGCUGCUGCAGCUUGUGGCUGCUGCUGUCUCGUCUCUGCUUUGAAGACGAAGAUCUCUGUCUUUCAUUUGCUGCUGCUGGGGGACAGCAGCAACUCGUUUGCUGGCUUCUGCAGCAGUUUGCUGCUGAGGAAGCGCCAAGCUCGCUAACCAGUGCAGCAGCAGCAGCAGCAGCAGCAGCAGCAGCAGCAGCAAUCCGAAGCCUAGCCCUCUCCUCUGAGGAGACAGUUAAAUUCUUUAUUGCUGCUGGAGGCGUUGAGGCCCUCAUAACAGCAGUUGCUGCUACACCCCGUAGACACCUUCAGCCUGAUCUGCGUUGGGAGUUAUUCAUUUGUCUCCGUUUGCUGUCUCCUCUCGAAGCGUCUCCUUCGGGUGUAUUGACAGCAGCAGAGCAGCAGCAGCAAAUUUUUAUUGCUUCAGGAGAAGUGCUCUGGCGGCUGGAGGCCCUCACAGCAACUAAGGAGGCUUUAGAAGGUAAACACAGCUAG